AUGACCGCACCGAACCCGGGAGCCAACAACUCCCUGGCCUCGAUGAUGGAAGACCCUUUUGUUUCGAAUGAUAACGGAGACUUCACCUCCCCCCGCGAAUCCCAUCGAUUUUCGCCUUUUGAUAGCCAGUUAUUUAGCAUCAAUGCCUCCUCGCCAGCGCAGGCUAAGCGCGCCCUUGCGACUCGACUAGCGGAGACCGAGCGCCAAUUAGAGGAAACAUCUAAGGUCGGAACCGCACUUAUCGAGCAGCAACGACAGCUCGAGGAACAUAUCAAAAUUCUUGAACAACAGAAGGACGAUUCGGAAAUCCCCCAAGAGCUGCGCCAAAAGCUGGCCGACCUAGAACGUGAAUAUGCGGAGACCGAACGGGAUACAGCACGCGCAAUUUUGGCACCGAAACGACUGGCUGGAGGCUCGGAUGAUCACAUGGGUACCCCAGGAAUUGACCCAAAGUCCCCCCUCAGCCCCGCCCUCUUCGCCGGUCAAGCCACCAACUCCCCCAGCAAAGUCAGCGUUCCUUCUCGCAAACAACGCAACCAACCAUCCGGCCGUGUACAUGAUAUAGAAUUUGCUGCCGAAAUUUCGACUUCUUUACUCGGGCAGGUGCGCCAACUACAGGGACUUCUUGCGGAGCGCGAUGAAUCCAUCAAAGCUAUCAACUUGGAGAAAUCGCGCCUACAAAUGGAAGCAGAGGCCUACGAGCAGCGAAUCCGAGCUCUUGACGACAGCGAGCAGCGCUAUAAGGAUGAGAACUGGGCCCUUGAGACACAGACUCACGAGUUGAUGUCCGCUGUGAAAGAGGCCAAUGAACGGGAGAAGAAACUCGCUAGCACCUUGAGCGCUUCUAACGCAGAGAAGAGCUCAGUCGAGCACGAACUGGAGGAUCUGCGCCAAACGAACUCGAGGCUGCUGGAAGAUCAGGCUCUGACUCAGAAAGCCAAUGAUUCUGAAAUGCACUUGCUGCGACGCAAUCUGAAUGCUGGAGAUCUGGAAAAGUCAGCCCUUCACAAAAAGCUGGCGGAACUGACAUCCCAGAAUCAAGAACUCGCGAAGGCUGUCGCUAUGCGCAUCCGAGAGCAUGAGUCCCAGGGUAGCCGAGACAUGGCCGAUGACAAUGACAUGGACGAACCUGAACAAAUUACUCCUGAUAAUUCUCCCCCUCCAUCUCCCAAUAAGUUCACCCCUCGCCACGGCCAUUUGGAGUCAGAAACAUUGAAAAGUUCUUUGGGCCAUGCCCAUCGUAUGAUCCAGAACCUGAAGGGUACAAUCCACCGCGAGAAGACCGAGAAAUUCGAACUCAAACGCAUGCUGCAAGAGGCUCGGGAUGAAGUUGAACAGCGUCGCCGUGAAACCGCCGCUCCAAAUGGUACUGCUAGCAAGCGCUUAAAGAAGAAGGAAGACUCCUUCCGCAAGCCCGCUCGCCCAGACCUGUUAGGUGCUGGCCGUAAGUCGCAAGUUGAGCUUCAAGAUACUGACUGGGAAGACAAUGCUGGUCAAGUUAGCCCAAGUCGCUCUACCAUGGGCGCUUCCAUCCAGGGUCGACCCGGACGUGCCUCUCCCGAUGAGCCAAGUGAUGUAUACCACACCGCCACCGAAGCUGAGGAUGGCUUCGAAACUGCCAAUGAACGUGCAACCGCAACCGAGAGCGAAGCAUUCCAAACCGGCGUUGAGAGCAUGGCAGAUGACAGCAGUGACUCGGCAGAUCUGACCGAGACUGAAAACAAUGUUCAGACCACCCCCCGCCGGCGUGUCACUUCGACUUUGACGAUGUCUAAGUCUCGUGAUCGUAUGUCUUACCAUAGUUCUGCAUCCACCUCGGAUGACGAUGAUGAUGCCCAGGAGGUGGGAUAUCCUUCCCCCAACCAAAUUCACAUUUCUCGUCCUCGCGUCCGGUCAAAGCGAAGUAUUCUCCGACGGAUUCGGCCUUCUGGUGAGGCACCUAUGGCAUCUGGUAGCCGCCCAUCAAGCGCACGAAACUCUCCGGCGCCAAGCUUUGAGCAAGAGCCUGUGCCACAGGAGGGCCAGAGUCUGUUCGCAGAGUUAGCUGAGCUUGACGGUGGCGAAGAAGAUGAGGAAGAAGUCGGUAGUGCUUCGUCUCAAGCCUCUACCCCACGCAUGCAGCCUACACCUGGCUCCCGCCGCCCAUCCGAUGCGAUGCUCGACUUGAGCCCUAAGCCAGUCAUGGUUGAUUCCGGCGUAAUGACUGAACCUUGGGAGCCUAUGGUUCCUGCUGGUGCUGCUGUCCUUGGUGGCGCUGCCGCCGUGGCUGCCGCCGCCGCAGCUGUUUCCGAAAUUCCAACCACGCCAAAGCAAACUUCUCCCUCUGCGAACCGUGACGUCUCUGCUUCUGAGGAACAGGAGGCUCCUAGACCAGUCAGUUCUGGAACGCAAUGGACACCACUCAAAUCGUCAGCCCUCGAGGGUGAUCACGUAUCUAACGUUCCUACUCCGCCUAAGAUGGUAUGGGAUGAACGUUCUGUCGCAAGCCAGCAAGUUGAGACAGGUACUCAAGCGGAACCCGAACUCCCUAAGUUGGUUUUGGCGACUAUUUCGUCUCAAGAGACCUCGCCCGCUCUCCCAAAGUGGCCAGAACUGGGUAUUUCCUACUUCGCUGGAAGUGCGACCGAGCCCAUCCAACACGAGCUUCCAGUACCGGAGGUUCCAGAAGUGAACGUUUCUUCGAUCUCGUCUCAGUUCACUGAGCCUAUCAUUCCAGUCGAGCCCGUGCAAGAGCUGCCAGAGCUUUCCCUCUCAUCUCUCUUUACCUAUUCCACCGAACCCGUCGAGCCGCAAAUUCCCGAGCCUGAACCAGUGCCAGUACCUAUUGUCGAAGAAGUUCCUCAUCCAGAAGUUGGAUUAUCUUUUAUCUCAGCGCAGCAUACUGAACCCGUUUUACCAGAAGUUCCUGAGUCCGAGCCAGUGCCAGUCCCUGUCGUUGAAGAAAUCCCUCACCCCGAAGUUGGACUGUCCUUCAUUUCUUCAGAACAUACCAAGCCCAUCAUUCCGCAGCUUCCUGAGCCUGAGCCAGUCCCAGUGCCUGUGGUUGAAGAAGUACCGAUUCCCAAUGUUGGAAUCUCUUCAAUCUCUUGGCAGGACACUGAGCCUAUCAUGCCACAACUCCCAGAGCCCGUACCAGAGCCGGUCGUCAUGCCCGAGGCCGCGCCUGUUAUUCCACAAUGUGAAAUCUCGUGGUUGAAUCCAUCGUUCACGGAACCAGUCGCACACGUUCCCGUUGAAUUACCUCCUCAGCCCCUUCCUUCAGUUGCUUUCUUGCAUUCAGUGGAAACUCAACCAGUCAUCUCUUCACCAAGGGCUCUCCCCACGAUGGCCGAAUUGGGAAUUCAAACAGAUCCAGUAGAAGACUCCAAGGUUGCCGGCGCGGCCGUGGCAGUAUUUGAAGACAAUGAGCCUAGUGAAGCCGUUCGCGACCGUGCCAGUACUAGUACCAGUGAGCGUCGCACGAGUACAGGCCUAGCACUCAACGAUAUUUCGGGCAAUUCCCUGCAGAGAGAACCGACUAGCUCUGUCAGUACCGAUCAGGGUGCCCAGACUAUCCUCUCUUCGAAGCAGAUUGAUCAACUUCUCAUCGACCGGGAAGCUGCCCGUCCGAUUUCUUCUUCUGACAGCAAACAGUCGAGAGAGUUUGCAGCAGUUGCAGUAACGGCCGCGUCACCAUUCGCAACACCUAAAUUCCGCCCUCGCCCUCAACAGCAGUCGUCUGCCAAGUCAACCGGAUCUAUUCCACGCCGACCAGAUACUGCCACGAGCCAAUUGUCGGCCUCUAGUGCCCACCCUCCAUUGCCUGCUGAUCACCGCGAGGCAAUCCUUGCCGCCGGAAAGAAGUCCACCGAGUUUUCAUCGCCAGCGUCGCCCGGUACUAUGGGACCCCCACUUGCCCCCGCCUCUGCCUAUCGUAUCAACGCACAAACGGCACCCCGAACCCCCAACGAGCAAGUCCCCCGUGCUGGGUCAGCAAGGAGUGUCUCUAGUCAAGCACGUAUGCGAAGAGGGAGCCAGAGCCAGAUGUCACGUCGCUCAUCGGUGUCAUCCUUCGCAUCGGAGAUCGAAGAAAGGUUCAACAUCAAUCAACAUGCUGGAUCCAUGCCUAAUGGAUACGGCCCGAACACCGAUCCCCGCAUCAUUCAAGCAAUCACGCAAACAAUGAUUGGCGAGUUCCUUUGGAAAUAUACUCGAAAGACUGGUUCAUCGGGCAUGUCGUCAACACGGCAUCGCCGCUACUUCUGGGUUCACCCCUACACUCGUACUUUGUACUGGAGCGAGCAAGAUCCCCAGACGGCUGGAAAGAGCCAGAUGAAAACCAAGAGUGUUCCUAUUGAGGCCGUGCGGGUGGUUGCAGACGACAACCCAUACCCUCCGGGUCUCCAUUGCCGAAGCUUAGAAGUCGUUAGCCCUGGCCGUUGUCUGCGGUUCACUGCAACCACCAGCCAAAGACACGACACUUGGUACAACGCACUGACCUAUCUGCUUACAAGAGAAAACAAUGGCAACUGCGAAGAUCAUGAAAACAAUGUGACUUUGGAUGAUAUUGAUGAGUUCAAUCCUGGCUUCCGUUCUGGAUCGCGCCAGACGGCUAGAAUGUCUCUCUCGUCGUACAAUAGCCGUACACUUCGUCAGCCACCCAAGCAGCAGCAGCAGCGGGCUGCCUCAGCAAUGUCUAUGCGAUCUACUGGAACCCCCGGGCGCGCUUCGCCUGCCCUCAGCUCCCCAGGUCCCAACUCCUCACUGCAGGUCCCUGAAGAGCGUCAACGAUCCUCGUCUCGCCUGAGCACUAUUCUUAACAGUUCGAUCCGCGGUUCAAUUGCUAGCAUGAAGGGACGCAACGGUCAAGAAUCAAGUGUGCAUGAAGGCAGUGUCCGUGGCCAAGACAGCAUCGAGGACUUUGGACACGUAGUCGAUGAUGAUGAUCGACUUGAGAACGUUCGUGCCUGCUGUGAUGGCAAACACGAUGUGGGCUCACUCUCUCGUACCAGUCGGUUCAGCCCCCGAGUUGACCGAAUCCACUCUCACCACUAA